AUGGAUUUCCUCGAAAGUCUCAAGAAUGAAAUGGCGAAGAAGCGAAAGGCCGUUGAAGACAUCCAAAUUCAGGAUGGCAGCACUAAGUAUAUCAGACGCGGCGACCUGGUGGCGAAACAACAGCAAGAAUACGAAGAGCACCAGAAGAAAAAGUACGGGGAACAGAAGCCGGAAACGAGCCACACGUCUCCGGUGAAGAAGGCGGGCAAAGAGAAAGCCCAUGUCGAACCGUUGACUGACAAAAGAGCGAUAACUGAGAUUUUCUCGAGACUACGACAGCGAAACCAGCCCAUUCGUUUGUUUGGAGAGGAAGAAGCUGCCAUACGAGCACGUCUUUUCCAGUUGGAGCUUGAACAACCCGAGCUCGGCGAAGGGCGGUUGAACGAUUUGGAGGCAGCCAGAAGAGCGGUUGAUAACGACCUUGUCAAGGAGGUCAUUGAGGGAGCCGGCCGGGAGAAGAAGAAGAAUGACGUUCUUCUGCCAGACUAUCUCGACAAAUGGCCAAAAAUUAUGGAGGGAGCCGAGAUGCUGGGAAAAGACGACGAUAUGGCCCGUGACUGUCGCGUGAUCUCCAUGUUUUUCAAGUACAUCCUUUCGCAUUGGGGAACGAUGCUGAAUAAUCGGCCGGACGACGUCAAGAAAAGUAAUGCGGGUAAGCACGAUGCGGCGUAUCACAUGCAGACGGUGGAGUAUAUGAGGCCGUUGAUUCGACUGCUCGACAAAGAACAAGCGAACCACGACAUCCGACAUCAUCUCGCCCACAUUUGCCGCUUGAUGAUCAUCGACCGAAACUACAUCCAAGCCAGCAACGCCUACAUGGAGAUGGCAAUUGGAAAUGCUCCCUGGCCGGUGGGAGUCACGCGCUCAGGUAUCCAUCAACGUCCUGGUUCCGCGAAAGCCUAUGUGUCAAACGUUGCCCAUGUACUCAACGACGAGACGCAACGAAAGUAUAUCCAGUCGGUGAAGCGCAUCAUUACACGAGCUCAAGAAUACUUCCCGACGGACCCGAGCAAGUGCGUCGAAUACGUCCGCCCGCAACAA